GUAUAUGCUCUAGCCCAAGAUUGUUUAUCGAAAUAUAAAGCCCUAUUAAGAUAUCGAGCUGCUUUUGGAAAACGUUCUUGCAAGGAUUUAAAACGAUUCUCAAACAUUUGUGGAUCCAACGUAUUGCGAGUUUUGUAG